AUGGAGACUUUGAAGCAGGACACGACGCAAUCGACACUUGUUGAUGACGCAAGCGAGAAAGAGGAAAAAAGCUCCACGACAUCAAUCGUGUCGCAUGAAUCUGCUGUCCCUUAUAGAGAAAAACCAUUGCUAUUGUCUUCUACGCCACGUCGCUGCGUGUCGAAAGAGAUGCUCGAGCAGACGCCUACUUUUGAAAUUAAUUCACAUAAUCAUGAAAUGAUUGUACCUCAACCUUUUGGGUGUUUUCACGUCAUGCAACUGAUUCAAAAGUCCAUUCAAAUGGGAACUUUUUUUUCACCAAAAUUAUUUGUGCCCAAGGAAAUUUGGCAACAAGAUCACGUGAAAUUGGCUGGAAUUCCACUUAAAAUUGAAAUUUUCCAUCAAUUAAAACACGGACUUGAAAAGACCAAUCACGCUCUGUCCUUGUCUCCAGAUACGACGAAAAGUGCUUUUAUCAAAGAAUUGGACGCGUUGCUGGAUUUUACGCGACAUGAACGCGUGCAGUUGAUCCGGUCUUUUCCUUUUUUACUGCAGGAUAAGAGCAAUGAUACUAUCCAGUUGAGGCGUAGAGGGAGCAGCAGCAAUGGAGCUGAUGAAGGAAUUACAGAUGCUACUUCAUCAAAUAUUGGCAAACUGACAAAUCUAGCCUUUGGGUUUGGACGCAUGGUCAAAAAACAAGCUAUUGCUGCUGUAGAACGCGUCGGAGCUGCACCUUCUGUUGCAGUAUCGAUCGAUGAGUUGGAUGCGUAUUCUGCCGUGCUUUGUAUGUUCUUCAAUUCUACGCGGAGCAUUGAAAAUCUUCUUGGACUACGAGCACAUGCCGAUAAUACCCAAGAACAAGUUAAUGCUCACAAGGUGGAAACGGGAAGAUCGCAGCUAAACUCUGCUACGUUGAAGAAACUGGAAGAUCUCGCAAUUUUCCUGGAUGAAGUCGUCAUCGAGCUUGUAAUGCGUGAUGUUUACAACCUAUUGGAGAUCUAUAUGCGGAGGUUGACGCGGCAAUUUGGCGACUUUACAGUGGAGCAGGCUUUGCUGAAGCGCCACCCAUCUGUGUCGACGUAG